AUCUGGAUCCUCUCUCCUGCGCAGUCAGUACCGUGUGGACCGCCCUAGGCAGUUUAUUUUACUGACGGGACGCCGCAAAAAACAGAUUUAGAAUUAAUUUCAUUAUUAUAUUACAGUUAAUCAAGGCCUAACUUUAUAAGUUGCUUUUCUAGAUCAGUUUUAGUGUGUUUUAUUAGUGGGUUUUAGACUGACUAAAUAGUCAGUCUAAAAUGACUAUUUAAAGACACUUUAAACCCCACUUUUUUGGAAACCAAAUUGUAUUUCCGAUAAACUUUAAAGAGUUAACGCACGCGCUUAUAUUAAUGUGUUUAUUGCUUUCAGACAGAAUGUGGCGCAUUCUCUCUGUGUUAGUUUUUUGCUGUGCUGUGCGCGGACUCGACGGUCUGGCGGCGGAUGCAAGUCAGGACCGGGAGAAGUUGAAUUUGACUGGACCCAAGGAGCUCGGUAAGCCGGACAUAGGCGCUCCGUCCACGGGGAGAGCUGAGGACAGAGAGCAGAGAGACGCUCCAGCUGGGAGUCUGCAGCCCACCAAUGCACCUCUGGAGGAUGAGCUGGACAACCAGGAGAAUAUAAUAAGCCAGCUGCUUGGAGACUAUGACAAAGUUAAAACAGAGUCGUCUGGGUCCGACUGCAUGUGUCGCUGUGUGGUUCGACCAGUCAAACGCUCUGACUGCAGCCGCAUUCAUGACAGCGAUCCAGCAUCGCUCUCCCAGGACUUUUACACUGUGGAAACAAUCACCAAGGGGACAGACUGCAAGAAGUGUGUGUGCAUGGCUCCUCCUUCAGCCGUCAACCCCUGCGAGGGAGAGUACAGGUUCAAAAAGUUACAGGAGGCAAGCAAAGAUGACAUCAAGCUGGCAACCAUCAUUGAUUUAUUAGAAGGCUCUCUGUAUGGAAUGGACUUGUUAAAGCUCAACUCUGUCACUAGCAAACUGCUGGCCAGGGUGGACAGCCUGGAGAAGGUUUUUACAAGGAAUUUCACUGAAAGAACAAAAGAGAAAGAGCGCAUAAAGGAGAAAAAUAAGGACAAAGACAAGAAGGUUCAGCUGAAGAAAAAGAAAACCAGUGAAUCAGAGCAACCUGGAGCAGCUGCCGGCAGCCAAAAGCAGAAGAAUUUUGAAAGUCAAAUAAAGAACCAACAGCAAGAUGGUCGGAUACAACAGCAGCUAACCAAGAAUGAGACAGAAUCCAGAGCUUCUGUCAAAGACAAGAACACUGUGUUCAUUAGAGGAGUGACCUUCUACAAGGCAGAUGAAGACAACUACAAAGAGGAGGAAGACGAGGACCAGAAGAAAGGAAGAGGAAAGAACGUAUUCUUAAUCCCUAAGGCUGCAGAGGAUUUGCUGAAAAUUGACAAGCUGCCAACUGUUACCAAAAAUCCUGAACCGUCACUUCCUCUGAAGCCAAACCACAAGGGCCUGAACAACACUUCCCCCACUCGUCAGCCAAAAGCUUCCUCAACAACCAGCAAGCCAACAACAAGGUCAACUCCUGCAACCAUCAGAGUGACCGAGCAAAUCAACCCUACAACUCCACAACUAAUGAAACCCAAUCUUCAAGCCAAGAACAGAGAUUUUCCCUCCACCACACCUGUCACCCCACACCCCACAGAUACCAAUAUCCGUCCACCGGGUGAAGCAAACCCCACCACGCCACAACCAAGACCCAAAAGCCGCCUCAGCUGGACGGAGAACCCCGCUGACCAACCAAAGGCCACGAAAAAGCCAGGUGUUUGUAAGGACACAGUAGCGAGCAUCUCCGAACCGGCCCAGCAGACCUCUUACGGUCUCAGUGACGGAGCCUGGAUGAAAGACGCCCGUGGCCACGGCAAGGUCAUCUACCUGACCAACGGUCACUAUGGCAACAGCCUGCUGGAGUUUAGAGACAUGGACACUUUUAAAUCAGGCCAGCCCAGUAAUACGUACAAGCUGCCCUACGAUUUCACCGGAACGGGCCAUGUCGUGUUUAAUGGCGCUUUCUUCUACAACCGGGCGUUUAGCAGGGAUGUGAUCAGAUUCGACCUGAGACGCAGAUACGUGUCUGCCUGGACAACGCUUCAUGACGCCAUCCUGGAGGAGCAAACUCACAGGACUCAGACUGAAGUGGAGUUUGCUGUGGAUGAGUCCGGCCUCUGGCUGCUCUAUCCCGCUCUGGACACGGAGGGUUUCCACCAGGAAGUAAUUCUCCUCAUCCAGCUCCAUCACAGAGACCUGCAGCCCAUCCACACCUUCCGCACGGGCCUCCGACGCGGCCGCUACGGCAACACCUUCCUGGUUUGUGGCGUGCUUUACGGAGUGGAUAGCAUGGAGCGUCGCUACGCCAACGUGACAUACGCCUUCGACACGCACACGCUCACACACACCGUGCCGAGCCUGGCGUUCACAAACAUGUAUACACACACUUCCCAGGUGUCCUACAACCCACUAGACAAAAAGCUGUAUGCAUGGGAUGAUGGACAUCAGAUGAAUUAUGAUGUCAUCUUCGCUUAUUAGUUCGACAGGAGGUCAGCCUUAGCAGACAGAAGAAAUAAGCUACUAACACAAGAUUCAAUUCUCCUGUGUUUUGUUUAAUGACUGUAGAUCAGCCAGCUGACAUUACUCUGCUGCAAUCAGCAGUGUAACAUUUGCUCAGAAUUUUAAAAAACAAGCUAUCCCUAUGAUUUAUCUCAGCCUUUGUGGAUCUGCCACUCAGAAACGUCCAGUCUUUAAAAACUUACUGAGAAACUAAGCAUGCAUGACCCCUUAAAUAUCAAGAUAUCACAACAACUACAGAGAAUUUAGAAGUGUAUCUAAAGAAGAGUGAAUAAAGCAUUGAGAAACUUUUAAAAACAAUACAGAUUGAUUUUUUUUCUGUAGUCAAAGCCAUAGAAUAGUCAUGUAGAAGCUGAUUCCAGAUUAAAAACAUCUGCUUUCUGGCUUGUCCCACAAGGGUUUGUCAGUGAUAACCCUGUGAAGUUAGCUAUAAAUGGUUUUCCACUUUGCAGCAGCUUGUAAAAUCCUCCAGGAAACCUUCAAAGUUAGUUAUUGUCUAAAGUUAAACCGUAAGACAGCAGAUUUUCUACGCCUGACUAUCCACCUUCAUGCAGAAACGAGCCAGUCCUAAAGACUAGAUAUAGCCCCAUAACAUCUGGUAGUUUUUUGUUUAUGAGCUUUGGCUUUCUCAGUUUAACUGACUGAAUAAAGUUUUAUGAAGUUACUUAUAAAGGGUGUUACCCCAACAUAAAAACUGAUGAAUCCUUAAAAACCCAAAUCACAGAUAGCAUUUGUUGAAUUUCGCCACUUCUUUGCCAACCCAGUGUAAAGACGAGGUUAAUCACGACUGAUUACCUGCAAGUUUUACUUUUUACUUUGUUAAUUUAUAAUAAAUGUCUGAACAGACCAAAAAUAUCCUGUUCUUUUCCAGUCCUCAUCUGUUUCUUUUUCUUUGUUCGUCAUCUGCAUGCCUGUCCGGCCUGUUGUGGACAUUAUUUUUAGGAGCUGAUUUAGUUUUCCUGGAAGCAGCAGAGCCACUGGAAGAAUCCCAGAGUGGAAAAUAAGCCCAGAUGCUGGUGUACGUCCGACUGGGAGUGCUCGGGGCACAGACCAGGCCAUUUAUGUGUUAGAAAGCCUCAUGUAGAUUCAAACAGUGUGACGGGUAGCCAUUUAUCAUUCAAACAGGCUCUGUACGCCCCUCCAGCCUGGCUCAGUUCAACUUGGCUAACUUCCUCUUUUAAUGUGAAAUGGACUGAAAAGGAUGUGAGUGAUUGACCAGAAGGAAGUGUUUGAAGCAGCAGGAGUUUAUAUCGGCUUCAUGGAUAACAUCAUUGUCCUUUUGCACCUUCAGACAUGUGGAGUCAAAAUAAUUCUCUAGACUAGAGGUUUACUUUCCAGCACGAAAGGAACUGUAAGCAUAUAGGGCUACAUUGGAAUAGUUUAGAUCAAAAUAUGUUAAAAUGGCCUAAUCAAAGUCACCUAAACCCAUUAUCUGUAAUUCGAAAACAAAUAUUCACAGAUGCUCUCUUUCUGGAUGUCCAAAGCUGAGAGAAAUACCCCAAAAGAGGUCCAGCUGUAAUUUUGGUGGCAGAUGCUUCUACCAAGUGAGGACUAGGGGGACACAAAUACAAGGGACACUUUUUAGAUCUUUAUUUGGAAAAAAAACAACUUUAAAAUCAUAAAUCAUUUUCCUACAACUUGACAUUCAUGUUGCGUUAGUUGAUCACAUGAAAUCCCAACAAAACACAUUUUGAAGUUCCAAUGUGGCGAAAUGUGGAAAAGAAAUUGCGAAUACUUUAUGUGUCUGACUGAGGGGAAAUAAUUCUUCAAAAUGGCUGACUAACGUGCAUGCACGUGUUAAGUACAAACACAUGAAUUCCUGCAGAAAUGUUCCACUGAAGCCCUUUUAAUCCUCAGGAGUUACGUAACCUUCAUGUUUCAGUGGUGGUCUGCGAGCGAGCGAGUGAGUGAGUGAGUGAGUGCGUGCGGUAAAUGACCACCAAGCAGGAUGCAGGAGAAAGACGCUCAUUCAGACUCCUAGAGCUGAGCGCAAUGGGAGCGUGUAUGUGUGUUCUGUAAAACUGCUUGUCCCUUCACUAUUAGCUCUCCACCUCAUGAGAGCAGCAGGACCACACAUGUACAUCUGCACACGCUAUGAGAAACUUAAGGUAUUCUAUCAAAGAAACAGAACAUCUGCAUAGCAGCGCACACACAGGCCUACAACAAAGAAAGCAGUGGUGUUUAAAUGUGUAUCCCUUUGAGCCGCUGAGCUAAAUUUGGACAGAGUAAAAGAAAAACAGUUGGAGGCAAAAAAGGAACGACAUGAUGGGGGAUCAAGAUAUGCGGGUCAUAAAUGCACUCAGUCACUCGGAGGUCAUUUAUAUUUAACUGUGCAAAAUGACAAAGAGCGGCUGAGGUGGUUUAGAGUGAGAAAUCGUGGAGGGAGAGGAAAAGAAUGAAAUUAUAUCACGGCAGGGGAAAAUAAGGCUGAGUGGGAAGCUAAGAAGUCAGAGGUCACAGGAAAUGUGUGGGAAUGAACUAGACUAGACCUGAAUAACUCCCGACUCAAAGGGAAGUCGGUGCGACUUUAGGGCAGAAAGCAAAGACAUCAUACAAACAUAAAACAUGUUUUAUUACUUUUAGAUGAAAAAUUAUUUUGGGGUUUUUCUUUGAAAAAGAUUUCAGUCACUGAGGAGUAAAGUUAUAUAAAAAAGAGGCUUUUGACUGUAAAGUACCAUUGGGUUCUUUGACUGAGAAAAAAACAAGUAUAUGAGGUCUCUGAUGGAUAUGUAGGACUCACUGGGAAACGAUUAAUUUGUUAAUGUUUUUUUUAUUAUUAUUUAGAGAAAAAAAAAAGACUUGGAGCAGAUUCUCCAGAUUCUGGUUCAGAUUUGUUCCACAGAUGCAGCUCAACAUUAGAAACAGCUGUGUGUCCGUGCCAGUGGGGUUUAGAAAGUUAAAUCACCUUCCUCCAUAUGUGUGCUACACACAAUACAAAAGAUUUCCAUCUUUUAUCUAAACAGCAUAAUCCUAUUCAGAACUGACUCUCGGCUGUUAUCCUGACAUCAUUUAAUUUACAUUUUGACUUAUCUCAGGGUAUUGAUGGAGCUGGAUUCUUAAUGAAUGUAUCUGUUCGAUAAAUGAGAUUAAUGAGACUUUUUCAGCUGCACUUAUAUGAAUUUGUACUGAGACAUUUUGUUUUGCUAGUUUGACCUCUGAAGUUGCACUAGAUUUUAUUUAAGGAAAAGCUGAGUAAGGGAUGUCAAUACAAAUUCAUGCCACACUUUUCAAAUUCAUAUGUGUGUUAAUCAGCUACAAAGAAAUCUAGUAAGUAGUCAAAAUGCGUUCAGAGGCGUUUGAAUAAUUUAACGACUCUGCGUUUUUGUGUGUGGUGGGCAUAAUUUGACGAGCAAAAGUGAUGAUGCUUACAAACCUUUACAUUGGAUAGUAUUUUUCUGAGGCCUGAAGGAAUAAAUGAUGCCAUUUUGUGUGCAUUUGUGGAGUAAUUUAGCAAAUAAUUGCCUGGGAUACAGUGUGGGAAAGCCCUGGUCAAACUUAAGCAUUGUAAUUGUUUUCAGCAUUUUUAUAAAUUUAAGGAUGAAAGC